AACGCAUUAAAAAAAGUUUGUCAAAGUGUUUGCAUGUUUGACGUUCACGUUAACAUAUUUUGUCAUGGCAUUUUACUAUUUUUUUAAAAACUUUAUGUAAAAUUGCCUAAAUGUCCUCAUUGUGUUUUACUCUCAAAUAUUAACUCACCAUGACGUCCCAAGCCUUAGCUUCUCUCACAGCGACGUAUACUGAUUCCGAGGGCGAGGAAGACAUCGAGGAGCAGACCCCCGAGAAGGAUGAGGCCAGAACUCACUCUGCGCCGCCGAGUCCGCGGCGUGCCACGGACGGCGACGGCCCGGCGUCAGCGCCUAUCAGCCCCAAGAAGCAGCUAGUGUCCUACGUGGACGAAACGAUGGUGUCGGACGAAGAAGCGCUUUCUCCCGCUCCAGGCAGCCAGGACGACAUGCGGCGCCUCUCCAUGGAGACGGACACGGACGAGGCGGUGCCGCGCUCCGAUCCCGAUGACUCGCAGGACGGCGCCAGCAUUCCCCCCGAGCCCCCCGGCAAGUGCCCAAAGGAGCUCCAAGAAACGAUUGCCAAGUUCUACAACCGUAUGCUCACAGAAGGUCUUGACAUGAACCGAAUAAUCCAGGAUAAGAAAAACUUCAGAAAUCCUAGUAUCUAUGAGAAACUUAUUCAGUUUUGUGAUAUCAAUGAACUGGAUACAAACUAUCCACCUGAAAUCUAUGACCCUUUGAAAUGGGGUAAAGAAUCUUACUAUGAUGAGUUGGCUAAGGUACAAAAGCUAGAAAUGGACAGGAGAGAAAAGGAAAAGAAAGAAAAGCUAGCUAAGAUAGAUUUCAUAUCUGGAGUGGCCAAGAAAUCAGAGAGUGAUGAUGAGAAGAAGCGGAAAUCAAAAUGGGACCAGGCCGCACCUAAUGUUGGAUCCAAACCAACCAUAAAACAGCCUGGCCUGCUGCAGCAGCCGCUCACUAGCAAUGUAACCGGUACCAAAGGGACAGUUAUAUCUGCUUUUGGAUCUUUGCCUAAGAAACCUAAAAUCUGAUUGCAUGAAUAAUGUAUUUGAAAAUUGAACUGUGCAGUGUGAGGUUAGACUUUUCAGCACAUUUAUGAGACAAAUAGCUUGGGCGGUGGGUGCAUUCAGGGCCUGCACAUAGCACAUGUCAGGGUUCACCAGGGGCCGCCGGCAUCUGCACCACCAGUACUUGUAAAUGUAAAUGCCUGUGGAGAACUAACUGUGGAUACCUUUAUUGUAAUUCUCUGCUUUAUGUCUUUUUCAUAAGUAUUAAAUAUUUAAUAGAAUCAA